UCUGGCCCGGCAAUUGUAAUCAUGUUCCCGACAUCGAGCUAACACCAUCAUGCAUACCAUAAAGCGAGCUCGUGCCAAAAAUGUGGCCAAGAAAAGGAUUACGGGCGUUAAAGUGCCCAGAACUGAUACGCGGCAGCAGUUUUACUUAAAGACCCGCUUCCAGGCAACUCGUCCUUGUCAAAAGCAAUCAUCCGUGCCUCCUAGCCAGCGGAUCUGGCGCCGGACAGUGGUUCAGACCAAGCCGAAGGUAAGGACCAGGAUACCGAAGCUAUUUCGCAUGGAUCGCCAUACAGGACUGCCCGUGGAUUACGAGAGGACUGUCAACCAGGUGAUGCACUACGUGAAUCCCCAUUUGCACAAUCCACCCAGUGCCGAAUUGGUUUUGGAGCAACUGCUGGCCAAAAUGCUGGCUGAGGUCGUGCGACAGGGUGGUCAUUGUUGUCAGGACACCACUCAACUGUGGUCCUUGCUGAAGAACAGGAGCCACUGCCGCAGCUCCAGCCAUUUCCUUACCAAGGCAGAGAAGGACAAGCGCGAGGCGAACGAGAGUUUAAGCCAAUUCCACAGUGCUUGCAAACGGCGACCCAGUCCAACCCACAGUCCCAAACUUGGACCCACAUACAUGAGCAAGUUUAACUUUAACCAGCUGAGAAUCAAGAGCUCUUAAAAUACUUGUAAGACGGAAAACGCCAUGUCAUUAAUUUCGAAGGCGGGACUGUAAAAGCUGUAAGAGGGUCAAGUGAUGCAGGUGUAAAUUUCGAAAAAAUUAAUAUGCUAUUUUAAAGAGUUUCUGUUAAAAUUAGUCGUGAAUCGGAUAAUAAAAUGUAGCUUAUCAUUUAA